UCUCCAUCGGGUAGCAGCAGUUCUUUUAAGGUAGAAAUCGAUUUAACUAAACCUGUUCUGGUACAGGCAAAGCUUGUUGAAAAGCAAGAGUCACUCCUUAAAUCACGCCCUACGCAACAAAUCAUUGAGUGUAGCACAAGUCCACGUUCAAAACGCUCUAAAUCGCUUAGUUGCGCGUUUAAAGAGGUCAUAAAUCCAGCUGGCGCGACUUUGAUCAAGCCUAAACAAGCUGCUCUGAUGUCAAAAUAUAUAUUGUCAGAGCGUCGGCACUCUACUGCAUCAGAAGGUAAAAUGCUCAAACAAAAAAGCAGCCCCCCUCGUCGUAAGCAAACAUUGGCGUCGAUGGAUGAUAUCAACGGAAAAGAAUACACUAUAAUCGAUUUAAUCGACUAUACUGAUGAGGAGCACGGGUUGAUGGAUGGGGCGCAACAAAAACUAGAUUCAGAUGAAGAAAGCAAAAAUAUAGAACCUAAUAAAGACGAAAAGAAUAUGGAGAAACAAAAUGAGUGUGAAAAUGAGUUAAAGACGCCCUCAACACAAGCGGGGAAGGCAGGGAAACCAACUGAAGAUAACAAUGAAGAAAAUAUCCUCAAAGAUGAUACUAGUGUAGAAACAUUAAAUACUCACACAGCCACUGCAAUAACUACAUCAGACGAAAAUGCAUCCGAAAUACCAAAUAACACUGGUUACGAAAAUGAACAUAUCGAAGAAGCAUCACUAAAAAUUGAAAUCAUUAUGGAUGAAGAUGAUAAUUCAACAGAACCGCAACCGGCCGUGACCACUGAGACCGAAGAUAUACUGUCCAAGGAUGCUAAAGGAGAUGAUACACAAACUUCUGUCGAACACACUCAAGAUUCAUUAGAAAAGUCGCUUUAUUGUGAUGAGAAAAUCUCCCUCAGCUCGACAUCCUCCGCAUCCACUUCUUCCAGUCGGCAAAGCUUACAUGAUGAUAUACCAACCUCGUCAAAUGCAAUAACCGCUAAGAGUACUGCGCUUAGAUCAAAUCAACCGAGCACAUCAGCGGCUGCCGGCAUUGCUUCCACUGCAAUGGUCCCUACAACUUCUUCGGAAGACUCCUUAUCGUCUGCAUUAAAGAUGUUGGCCAGCUUCAAUAUGCUGACAUGGAAUCAGCGUAUCGGUGGUGCACAUGGUACUAAUAUGCGCUUCCAGUUAAAUGAAUUUAAUCUUAUCGAGAUCAAUGAACGCUGCUCACCGCGCACACGCAUUCACGCUGCUUACGAGAAGCCCAUUUAUGAGCGGGAGUCGGCACCGUAUUUGAGUGAAAAAAACGAUGGACUAUUGUACUUGUGUAGACGUUGUAAUUGUCAUGGGCCUGCACUAGACUUUUUAGCACCGGAAUUUUGUUCAUUGGAUUGUUUAAAACGAGAAUCACGUAAACGUCGGCAUGAAGAAUUUUCAACCAUUACGCGCAAGCGCAAAAACCGAGAGAUAUCUGCUCAACCUAUAAGCACAAAAUCCUUCCGUUGGUCGACAUAUUUGCCAGAAAAAUUUAAUGCUAUUGCCGCACCUGUAAAUCUCUUUAUCAAUCCAUUUCCAACUGGCCCGAACCGCUUUCAGAUUGGCAUGAAGCUAGAAGCUAUUGACCCCGAGAACUGUUCACUCUUUUGUGUUUGCACAAUUGUGGACAUACAGGGCUAUCGUUUGAAGCUAACAUUUGACGGAUGUGAGUAUAUGUACGACUUUUGGGUAAAUGCUGAUUCGAUGGACAUUUUUCCACCUGGUUGGUGCACAAAAACCAAACGUGUGCUGCAACCACCAAAGGGAAAGACGAUAGAAGAAUUCUUCUGGCCAGCAUAUUUACAAGAAUGUAAAGCUAUCGCAGCGCAGCGUAUUCUAUUUACACAUUUAAAUGCUUCAUUCGGCACACAUAAUCCUUUCAAGAUUGGCAUGCACUUGGAGGCUGAAGAUCUUAACGACACGGGCAAGCUUUGCGUUGCCUCGGUCUCGGACGUAUUAGACAAUCGCAUACGUGUACAUUUCGAUGGUUGGGAUGACUGUUAUGAUUACUGGGUAGAUAUCAGCUCACCCUAUAUCCAUCCUUGUGGUUGGCAUGUGGGUCGGCAGCAACUAAUUGUUCCACCUGAAUUCGAAAACACCACCUUCACAUGGACUGAUUACAUAAAAAACCAUGGCAGUGGCAUGGCCGCAACAGAAGAGAUGUUUUCUACUCGCGAUCCAAUCGAUUUCAAGCCAAAUAUGAAGUUGGAGGUGGUCGAUCCACGAAACGCUUCACUAAUACGUCCCGCUACAGUUGUCGGUCGCAAAGGUCAUCGUGUUAAGUUACACCUCGAUUGCUGGGCUAGUAAUUACUGCUUCUGGUUGGAAGAUGAUAGCGCCGACUUGCAUCCGAUCGGUUGGUGUGAAGCUACUGGCCAUGAAUUAGAACCACCACCGGGCUACAAAAUGCGCUCAAGCAAGAUUGUAUGCUCAACUUUCGGUUGCCGCGGCAUCGGCAACGCUAAACGUCUUUACCUAAAUACCCAUACAACGCAAGAUUGUUGUCCAUAUGCCCCCGAAAAUUGGCGUCAGAAAGUUGAAAAACCACCGCGCUUGGAGCAUGAGGAGAUUAUACGUCCACUAUCUCGCGCUAAACGUGAAAUGCAAGAGCAACAACUACCACCUCAACUGAAAUGGAAGAAACCACAAACACCAAAACAACAACAACCAAAACAACAGCUGAGCGAAACGCAUAUUUUGCAGCGCAUACAGUUGUUGGACAAUAUAAAGACACGGCACAUCAAUUUACAGGAAAAACAGCAGCAGAAACAAACGGUCGAACUACGCGCCCACAGGAUUAGCAUUGCGACAGCGACAACACAGCAGCAAUCAUUGAUUAAAACAGAACACACUGAUAAGCCUAGUGCUUCUGCACUAAGAGCCCACCAUCCGGUCGACACUACAAGUGCUGCUGAAGAGUCUACGUCGUUGUUGCUACCGCAAAUAAAAAUUGCAAAAGAAUUUCUUUGCGAUUAUGGCCCACGCCUGCAGCAAAACUAUAAUAUUUGGCAACGUAAUGUCGCCUUCGACAUGCAACGCAUCAAGCGAAAUCCUCUACUCUGGACCACAAAAGACUCGUGUGCAUUUGUGCAAUGUGUUUUGAGAAACUCUGAGGCAACAGAGUCAUUUUUAUGUGAAGAUAUCGAUGGCAGCGCUCUGCUUUCGCUACAGCAAUCAGACCUUACCGAAAUUCUUCGACUUAAGUUAGGUCCUGCGGUCAAGUUGUAUUCCUGCAUUCUUCAACUGCGAACACUGGCCGUUCUUAAGUUCGAUGUAAAGAUGGGCAAUGCCCCAAACCGUAAAUAAACACAAAGGAACUCAAUUUAUAAACA